AGAGGAGGGUGGCGGCAGGGGUCUCCCCAGGCUUCACUUCUCAUUCUUAAAAAAAAAAAUCCUCUUUCGACUCACUAUCAACCUUCCCUCCGGUUGAAUGCCACACGGGUUGCGCUCCUGUGCGCGGUGAAAAUCCGCGUUGAGGGCUCCAGAAUGCAAACAUGUGACCAGAUUCAACGGAGCCGUUUCGGGAGAAGUAGGACAGUGCUGAGAGGCUAUUUUUAACUCCACAUUCUGCUGGUUUGGUGACCUGCCUGCCUCCCGCUCUCCUGCUCAAUGCCGAUGCUGAAGGACGCCUGUGUCCCAAGGUUUGGGCCCAGUGUGUGCCUGGCGGAGCCCAGCACAGCCCUGGCGGGCUUGGUGUGGGGCUGUCUUUCUUUCCCACGGAGGAGUAAGGACCGAGAAGCUGCGCAGCUCCCAGGAGGCUGGUCAGCAGGGACGCCGAGAGGAGACCCGACUGUGACCGAACUAGAUGAUGUCGCUGGGGCUGUGGGAGCACCCAGGGGUGCCGGGCUGCAGAGUCUGGCUCCUCACAGGCAGGGGGCCCGAGAGGGUGGAGUGUUCCUGGAAAACCACACCAGGACACCACCUGCCACCCCGGCAAGUCUCUCUCCCCUCCCCUCUAUCACGGAGUCCCAGAUGUGGGCCCAAGACAUUGAGCUCACUUUGGGCUGCCCCGCAGGACCCGCAGGCCCUGUGCAGCUCGUGGGGACCCUGGAGUCCCUCGGGCUGUCCUGAGGGGUGGGAGGAGCCAGCUGCCUGGGAUGGCCCAGUUGCUCCGACGUCCCUCCAUGGAGAGGCCCAGGGGCAGGUGUCCCUCACCCUCCCGUCUUCAUGCUCGGCCCCAUCUGCUCAUCUAACAGAGGCUGGUCUCCGUCCUCCUAUCGGAACGACCUUGAGAGCUGUGUGUGGCAUCUCCCACCCUGUGGACAGUGGUCCCUGGUCUCCACCGUUUGCUCUGUCCCCUAGGGAGAACGUUCCCCUCUGCCACAGGCUCCUGUCACCAAGCCCUUGCUCCCUGCACAGGGUGGUGCUCCAUGAACAGGUGGUGGCUCUGUGCUGGAAGCAAAGAGGACAUGACAGAAAAAGUGUGUCCCUGCCAAGGAGCCGAAGAGCUGCCUCCCGACAGCGGCCCCUCUCUACCCCCUUCCCAGCUGCCGCCCAUCCGCACAUCAGGACACGCUUUGUGCUCCAGCCGCUCAAAACCAAGCGUCCAAAUGACGACUCCCUCUGGGAUUUUCUUUAGAACAAAGGCAAUUCCACUAAGACUCUUCUCCCACUCCUGGAUUCCUUCCACCUUUGUGAGCUGAGCCCCUUCUGAAACGAGACAUGUGCACCCUGGAUGGCAACUGCUCCACUGAUGUGUGCGUGUCCGCACGGAUGCCGGGCACCUGCUUUUCUGGGACAAUUGCCAUCUGGCAUCGGGCGACUUCCUCAUUGUGUGCCUAUUUCCGGACAAAGAAGAGGAGGGCUGGACGAGAAGCAGACCUCCCCCUCCGCAUCCUCCCGCCCGCCCGAGACGCCCACUCCAGCUCAGGUGUCUACACACAUGGCCACAGCGAGUGGGGGGAGCACGCAGCUUCACCCCAACUUUCUGCUUGACAGCGUUAGCUGAUCAGACGCUCAGGUCCAGCACAAAACAUCCCAAAAGGCAUCCUCUGGGCCCAGAGUUGCGGUUGUCCCCACACCACCAGAGUGGCAGUGUUCCCCCGGCAGCCUUCAGGGACCAGAAGGGAAGGGGGGUGCCUCUCCCAUAGCCAAGGCCACCAUCACCCGGUCUCCUGGCACACAGUGGCCCGGGCCGUCCCUGGACAGCAGCUAUGGGGUGGAGAUGGGGCUCUGGCGACAGGGACAGGAGCCAGCUGCCAAGACCGUCACCAGCGAUCACUCGGUGAAGACUUUACUGUUUACAACACUGCCUUUUUGUGUACUAUGAGCAGGUAAAACAUAAGAGAGAAACAUGACGUAAAACAACCCCACAAGAAGCACGAAGCUCAAAAUUUAGAUCUGACCAAGUGUUCCCACCUGGGUCUGGUCCAGGGCUGGAGGAAGGGCCGACUCUUUCACGGGGAGAAAAUGAGGGUGAGGGGCUGCCCAGAGCGGACUGGGGGUGCAGAAGGCUGGCGGCUGGGAGGGGCGCGCUGGAAGGAAGCUCUGGGUGGAGGCAGAGCCGGCCUCCAGCGCUGAGGCGAGAAAGGUGAGCUCACCUGUUUCACGGACAAAGCAAAUGCGUGGAGAAGCAUAACGUGUCUAAUAACAAAUAAUUUGGAAAGCAGAGGAUGUCAGUUCUGCUCAGACUCUUGCUUUCUUAUAAUAUAGCACAAUAUUUUCACACAAGACACAGGUUUGGAGUGAUAUGUUUUAAAAAUAUCAAAUUGUUAAGUUUUUAUAAAUUGUCUUUAGGAGCAAUUGUAUGAAUGGUACAAUGUUUUGAAUAAUCCAAGACCUGAAUGCAAAGACAAUUUAAUAAAAUUAGAGA